AUGGAUCCUUUGGUCGUGCUACCGCCGGAAAUUGUGCUACGCAUCCUUGAGUUUACUGCCGUGCCUAGCGUGGCUCAUUUGAACAGGACAUCGUCCGCCUGGCACGACUUCAUCGACAAGCUUCACCAGGAGGCCGUUUACUCGUCCAGCGGCAAAGUAUGGCGUCCGCCAGGCACGAAGGAUUUCGAAUUUCUGGCAACCGCGACAAGUUUCGCUAAGAUAUAUGAAGGUGUACAUACAUCCAAGGAGCUAUGUAAACAGCAGACGCUACUUGCUCGCAAUUGGAAUGACCAACAGCCUCUAACCACGGAAUCCGUCCUCCAAGUGGGCAAUGAUCCAGUAUGGCGGUUUAGACCAGACUUCAAGCGCCGAUUCUUCGUGUCGACUUCUCAAUCGGGCGGGCUCAAUGUUACGGACAUGGAUUCUGGUAACAUGUUGUGGCGUCUACCAUACACAACGAGCAGCGAUGAGCACUCUGUUCGGCCAUAUGCCCAUCUAGAGUACCAGGACGGUAUGAUGUGCUUUGACCGUGAAGGCGACGCGAUAGAGGUAUGGCGGACGGACAUUGAGGUUCUGUCACGUGGAGAAUUCAAACGGAUCACGAUACUGCCACAUGACUGCCAGACGAGAGGCUUCCAACUAUCGCACGAUACACUGUGUGUCGUCUCGACUGAAGGCCAAGCUUUUGUGUACGAUAUGCAAGCAUCGCCACCAGUCUUGAAGAAGCACAUUCGGAUGGAUGAAGGUGCCAUUGGCCAUCUCGACCAGAACGAAGAGAUUAUGGUGGUUUCUAUGGGCGAUCGUGGUUACCAUGUCUACGACAAAGGCUCGGGAGAGCUUAUUGGAACACUUGAGCCGCGCCAUGUUACAGCAGCCAAGCGUUACCAUAUUCGUCACCCUGCUAGGCAGAUGGGAGCCUCAGAUGUCAGCAGACACGGUCCAACACCACGAAUCUUCCCUCCUGAGAAGCCGAGCAGGAAUCGGCUUGUACCGCUCAGCAUCGAGAAUGGUCCGCUACCACGUACCGUAGAACCACAGACAGACUGGCAAGGCGACGACGAGUGGGGUGCUGGGCUAUUGUAUGGAGACAUGAUGGUGGGCUUUUCAAGGACGGGGCAAGUCUUCAUAUGCUCCGACUGGCGUAAGGCUCUCAAGGACCAUGCUGCCCUGCAUACUCGUAGCGCAGUAAUUGAAUGUGAAAGUGAUGGAGCGAGCUUUGAUCUUGGUGGCUGGCUUUCUGCAGCAGAUCAUCGGAUCAUGUUUGAGAUCCGAGAUCGUGUUUACGUUGUUGGGCUUACCGACGAGAACAAGAUACCGACACUGGCCGAGCCUGAGCGACCUUCAUACUCACUGCUCUCGAGCUCGGCGCCGCAGUUGGCGGUUCCUGUGAGCUUCAUGGCAUUGUUUGAUGACUGCAUCAUGACCACCUAUACGACACUGGGCUGGCGGCAGAACCCUCCUGGUUCAGACGGAACCCAGCAGCACAAUGGUGGCCCUUCUCGAAUUUUCCCCACUAAAGCAAUCCGAAUCAUCAGCCUCGCGCCAGUCGCGAACGAUGUCGAGGUACAGUCUCCUGUACUGGAAGUAUCGAUGGCAGAUGAUACGGAACAUAGGACGCAGACAGGCCUGCUACAGCUUGUGAGCAUGCUUGGCGACGAGCUGGCCGACGAUGAUGAGGAUGCCCUUGGUGUUAUGGAGACGGACUUCCAUGAUGCGGUGUGA